AUGCCUGGGUUACAAAAGGUCAUCAUCAUAGGCUCCGGGCCCGCCGGCCUGGCCGCGGCUCUCCGCCUAAAGGUCAAGAACGGUGUCGAGGCCGUCGUCGUGUACGAGGUGCGCGACGCGCCCACUAGCCUGGGAGGGGCCGUCAUGGUGCCGUGCAACGGCCUGAGGCUGCUCGACCGGCUCGGGCUCUACGACGAGCUGGCGCGGCGGACCGCCCUGAAAGAGUUGGCAAUACAGCCCCUCGACCCCCCGCUCACCGCCACGUUCCUGCCCGACGGCCUGUUCGUCGCCGUCGACUGCACGGCCGCCCAAGACCUCCUCUUCUGGCGAAACCCCCGCGUCCUGCUCAUCAGCGACACCGCCCACGCCGCACAGCCGCACAGCGGCCAAGGCGUGUCGGGGGCGCCGGAGGACGUGUUUCUGCUGUCUCGGCUGUUGGAGUCCGGGCCACAAUCAGAGUCUGCCACGGACCAGCUGCUGCUGCUGGAGACCGUUGAUUAUGCGCUUCGACGCCAUCCGUAGGCCUAGGGUCGACAAGUUCUACAGACUGGCGGCCGCCAGGAGCGAGGAGCGCAAGAAGACGACCGGUCGCUGGGCGCAGUGGGCCAAGGAG